UAAAAACCCACACAGGAGCUGAAGCCGGAGGAGGCUCCACGAUCUUUCAGGGUGAAGGAAGCGGGGCUGUUCCAGGCUAAUGGCAGCAGGAGAGGAGUUACAGCUGGAUAGAGAGGCACGAGAGGAGGAGAUGGAGGAGGAUGAAAUCGUCUCACCUGGCUCCCUAUCAGAGGUUUUCAAAUUCUAAAUUCCCAGUCCAGACCUGAGCUUCCAGACAGAUGAGCACCUGGAAGUGCAUGAGUCAACGUCAGAGAACCCCCACCACUUCUGGAUCCAGAUUCUAGGGCUGGACAAACUUAUUGUCGAGAUGAGCCGCUUCAACAGCAAAGGAACCCGGCAGGAGCACCGAGUGGAGAUCUUCAUGGUGGGGGACAUUGCGGCUGCUCCGUACCCGGACUAUAGCACCUGGAACAGGGCGAGGCUCCUGGGGGUGAUGGGCUCUGGCUUGGUGGACCUCCACUAUGUCGACUUUGGAGACAAUAUUGAACAACCCAGGGACAGUCCACGAAGUAUGAGGAGUGACUUCCUCAGCCUACCAUUCCAGGUCAUCGAGUGCAGCUUAGCUGGAGUCAACCCAGCAGGCAGGUGUGGAGAGAAGAAGUCCUGGAUGACUUUGACCGCCUGACAUAUGUUGCUUAGUGGAGACCCCUGCUGGCCAAACUGUGCAGCUACACCCACUCUGGCUCAGUGUACUCUACAGCUGAAAUCAAAUCAAAUUUUAUUUGUCACAUACACAUGGUUAGCAGAUGUUAAUGCGAGUGUAGCGAAAUGCUUGUGCUUCUAGUUCCGACAAUGCAGUAAUAACCUUCAAGUAAUCUAACUAACAAUUCCAAAACUACUGUCUUAUACACAGUGUAAGGGGUUAAAGAAUAUGUACAUAAGGAUAUAUGAAUGAGUGAUGGUACAGAGCAGCAUAGGCAAGAUACAGUAGAUGGUAUCGAGUACAGUAUAUACAUAUGAGAUGAGUAUGUAAACAAAGUGGCAUAGUUAAAGUGGCUAGUGAUACAUGUAUUACAUAAGGAUGCAGUCGAUGAUAUAGAGUACAGUAUAUACGUAUGCAUAUGAGAUGAAUAAUGUAGGGUAAGUAACAUUAUAUAAGGUAGCAUUGUUUAAAGUGGCUAGUGAUAUAUUUACAUCAUUUCCCAUCAAUUCCCAUUAUUAAAGUGGCUGGAGUUGAGUCAGUGUCAGUGUGUUGGCAGCAGCCACUCAAUGUUAGUGGUGGCUGUUUAACAGUCUGAUGGCAUUGAGAUAGAAGCUGUUUUUCAGUCUCUCGGU